AUGGCUUUCAUCUGUGUCACGCCCACAAUUCUUUAUUUACUGGCCACCGUUGACGACCCCAUUCUUCCCAUCUCCGCCUACACCCUCAAGCCACGAGUCAUCCGUAACCUCGCCUCCUCGUUCGGCUGGCAACCUCGCAAAGGUCGGAUUUGUUGACGGGGAGGGGGUUGUUCUUGAGAUCUUCUUGGCGAUAGAUGGGCAAGUGCUUCAGCAAGAACGCCCACCCUGCGGGCGGUGGAAGAACCAAUGGCUACUCCAACCGAAAGGAAGUCCAACCGCCCUAUCAGCCGCAGCAGCAAAUUCCACAAGGACGAGAGCUGCAAGAGCAGCAGCCGGCCAAGCCUUCGCAACCGCCUCCUCAAACCCACCAUAGCCACCACCAUCAGCAACAGCACCAACCACGGCCGCCGCCAGCGGCGGCAGCGGUGACCCACCACCCUCCCCCUGCGGUCACCAAGGCUCCCCUGAUUGUCCACGAGACCAUCCUUGGUAAGCCCUUCGAGGAUGUCAGGUCCUUGUACACUUUCGGGAAGGAGCUGGGCCGUGGCCAAUUUGGCGUGACCUAUCUCUGCACCGAGAAUGCAACUGGCCUCCGUUACGCCUGCAAGUCCAUCUCUAAAAGGAAGCUGUCCAAUAAGAGCGACCGGGAGGACAUCAAGAGGGAGAUCCAGAUUAUGCAGCACCUUACAGGGCAGGCAAAUAUUGUCGAAUUCAAGGGGGCCUACGAGGAUAAAGAUUCGGUGAACCUUGUCAUGGAGUUGUGUGCCGGAGGGGAGCUGUUUGACCGGAUUAUCGCCAAGGGGAAUUACUCGGAGUGGGCGGCAGCGACCAUCUGCCGGGCAGUUGUUAAUGUUGUGAACAUCUGCCAUUUCAUGGGGGUGAUGCAUAGGGACCUUAAACCGGAAAACUUCUUGUUGGCGACAAAGGAUGAAAAUGCUAUGCUAAAGGCUACUGAUUUUGGGCUUUCGGUCUACAUCGAGGAAGGAAAAGUGUAUAGGGACAUAGUUGGAAGUGCAUAUUAUGUUGCUCCUGAAGUUCUACGGCGUAGUUAUGGAAAGGAGGUAGAUAUUUGGAGUGCUGGAGUGAUAUUGUAUAUUCUUCUCAGUGGUGUCCCUCCAUUCUGGGCUGAGACAGACAAAGGAAUAUUUAAUGCUAUAUUGCAAGGGCAAAUCGACUUUGAAAGUGCACCUUGGCCAUCGAUAUCAUACAGUGCCAAAGAUCUUGUGAGGAAAAUGCUGACACCGGACCCAAUGAAAAGAAUAACUGCAGCACAAGUUCUUGAACAUCCAUGGCUUAGAGAAGGAGGAAACGCAUCAGAUAAACCAAUUGAUAGUGCAGUUCUUUCUAGGAUGAAGCAAUUCAGAGCAAUGAACAAGCUGAAGAAGUUGGCACUGAAGGUCAUUGCCGAAAAUCUUUCUGAAGAAGAGAUCCAAGGGCUGAAACAGAUGUUCACUAAUUUGGACACUGACAAGAGCGGCACUAUCACAUAUGAAGAACUGAAGACUGGUUUGGCCCGGCUUGGUUCAAAGCUCUCAGAGGCUGAAGUAAAACAGCUCAUGGAUGCUGCUGAUGUGGAUGGAAAUGGUUCCAUCGACUACAUCGAGUUCAUAACCGCCACAAUGAACAGACACAAACUAGAAAGAGAUGAGCAUUUGUACAGAGCGUUUCAGUAUUUCGACAAAGACAACAGUGGGUUUAUCACAAGAGAUGAAUUGGAAUCAGCGAUGCAGGAGCACGGAAUGGGUGAUAUUGCUACUAUCAAAGAAAUAAUAUCAGAAGUCGACACAGACAAUGAUGGAAGGAUCAACUACCAAGAGUUUUGUGCAAUGAUGAGAAGUGGAGUUCAGCAGCCAGCUAAGCUCAUUUGAUGUCGAUACCAAUCGCCAUGUAUGACGCCUUUUGACUUUGAUGUAGGCAAUGUGGAGAGUUUAUCAAACUUUAAGAGGUCUGGAAUUAUUACAUCAGGGGUUGGGGUGGCGGGGGUGGGGGGGAGGUGGUUGAAGCGUUUGUACACGCAAUCUUCAUGGACAUGACAAUGCAAUCUUCAUCGACAUGACAAUUUCGUUUCGGGCCGUUGUAUCUGCAGCGCAUUUCACAUUUGGAAAGUUGAGCGACUUCACUUGUGAGAAGAGAUUUAUAAAAAGAAAUAAGUUGCCGCUAGAUUUAAAGCUAUGAUGCAUCAGCGCGGUGAGUCAGUUGAGAGACCCAAGUUUUUGUAUGAUGUGUUUGUAAGUUUCGGUUUGGGAUUUUCAAAUGCUUUAAAAAUAUAUUUGUAUUUUGCACUUUGAUGUCA